AUGGAUGUCGAUCAAUACUCGACGGAUUGCUCCAUGGAGGUUAAUCUGCCCGAAUGGAAUGCGGCACUCGACGACCUCACGCCUCACAUCACAAAGACCGCCGAAUACCCCGUUGCACGCGGCGGUUUUGGGGAGGUCUGGAAGUGUAUUUUCCGAACAAACAAGGGACCCGUCAAGGUUGCAGUAAAAGCGUUUCAAAUGUACAGUGGCAAUGACGACCUCGCUGCCAAUGCCAGAAAUAUCAAGCGUAUACGCCGCGAACUCGGGACAGGUGCUGGGCUCAGACACCCAAACAUUCUCCGUGUUCACGGCUACUCCAUGGGUUUCGGUCCCCUUCCUGCCAUAGUCACCCCAUGGGUUGAACAGGGCAACCUCUCCGUAUUUUUGGCCCGUGAAGGAUUAUCGCUCACCACACUCAGGGACGUCGCGUCUGGUUUACAAUACUUACACACCAACAACAUCGUUCACGGAGACCUCACCGGGAACAACGUACUUGUUGGCAGCGACGGUUCCGCAUGCAUAGCUGACUUUGGACUUUCAUUCGUGGAUGCCCCUUAUGUAUCCUGGACUUCGAGGAUGAAAGGCAACCUCCGGUGGAUGGCCCCCGAACUUCUACGAGGAACUGAAGUGCGCCCCACCAAACGCAGCGACAUAUACUCUUUUGGGUGUGUCAUGUUGCAAGUCAUCACAGGAAACGUGCCGUUCUAUUAUCUACCAGAGUAUCCGAUCAUACUCAUGAAGUACAACGCGGAGAUACCCAGCCGGUUUCAAUACCCAUCGUGCAUCGAUACCUAUUGGGAUUUCAUUCAGGAAUGCUGGUCGAUGGACCCCAUGAUGCGUCCGUCGGUGGAAAGAAUUAUCGCUUUUCUCAGUCGUUGA